CACGCUGACCCCACCUCGAAUUCUCAUUGGCCACCGGGUGUGUCCUCUGCCAGGACCCGCCCCCAGCGCCCCCGAAGAGUUAUACUCAAACCGCUUUUGUCUUUCCGCAGAAGCGUCUUUGAACACGUGAGUCAUUUCCAUCCAGAGACCAGACAUCUGGAGCCACCGCAGCCGCUGUCCACUGGCCGGGCCCAGGCAUUGAUAGACAGAUGAGGUUCCUAUGUCUUCUCACAUGAAUGGAUCAAGACACUUGAACAUGGAUGAACCACAAGAUGAAAUAAAUACAGACAAUGAAAUAUCCAACGAAGCAGCACUAAGCUUAGAAGAAACAUCAGAGGAAGAGGAAACGAGUUUUGAUGACACUGAAGACAGCCAGCCACAGGUUCCUACUAGAGAUUGUACAAGAAAAGAUCUACUGCAUUUAUACAACAGGUUGGAGGAUGAAAUCGCUCUGCUGAGAGUGGACAUAGACACAGUAAGAUGUCAGAGCCAGGAUAUGGAAAAGAAAUACCUUGAAAAUAUUGAAAUUGUAAAAGUAAAGAGUGAUGACCUUCAAAGGGCAAUUGAAGUGAAUGAGGAAACAGAGAGAGAAAUAACACUCCAGCGUAAUGAACAGUUAAAUAAUCUGAAAGCUGAGAUUGCAAUGCUAUCUCUUGAACUGGAGAAUCUAAAACAAAACAAAGCAAGACUGGAAACAGAACUUGAACCCUACUGUACCAGAUUGGAUCUUGUUCCAUCCCAUCAUUAUGAAAAUCAGAUACCAAGAAGAGACCUAGAAUUCAGUAUCCAGGAAAUAAGAAAUGAGUACUUUAGUGCACAUGCCAAGAUGGAUUUUGAUAUAUGUAACCUCAAAAUUAAUAGUGUGAUGGUUUCCCAACAGCUUUCUAAGAACAAGACAAAAAUCUGUAGCCUAGAAAAUGAGCUCUGUCAUACAACUGAUGCUCUUAAAGAAAUGACUUUGGUUUUGGAAAAUGUACAAAGAGACCUAAGUGAAACAAAGUGCCAAGUGAAGAAAAUUGAACACAUGUAUCAAAAUGAACAAAGUAAAGUGAAUAAAUACACUGAGAAGCAGGAGUCCACAGAGGAGCAAUUAUCUCAGCUACAAAACGAAAAUACAUUGCCUCAACAGCAAUUGCAUGACCUUCACAACAACACUGAAAAUAAAGAAGAGACAGUAAUUGAUGUCCUACACAGAUUUCAUGACAUUUUAAAAGUACUUCAAGAUGAGAAUAAAAAAUACAAUCUCAUGCUGAAAAACAGAAUUAAGGAACUAAUUAACAGUUGUAACCAUUUUGAAGAAAGACUGCAAAAAAGAUAUGGAAAGGAGAAAGCAGAAAGGGAGGUAGCAGUGAGACAACUUCAACAAGAGCAGGCUGAUACCCUGAAAGGAGGAUCUAUGUCAGAGUCUUCACUAGAAGUUUCAUCAGGUUGUCGCCUUAGUUUAGAAGAGGAGACACGGAAUUUAAAGAAGGAACUGAAUCAGAACAUAAGUCAAAUUAAAGAUGAAGCUGCAUCUUCAAAGUAUCUACAUCUGGAUGCACAAUAUCAGUGUUUCCAACAGCAGUUAUUAUCUUUGCAAAGUCUACAAAAUAUAUGUGAAAAGCUAGAAAGAAAUCAAAACAAGUGGGAACAAUAUAUAGUAGAAAUCUCAAGUUAUAUAGAAAACAGAGUAGAACAAGGACAAGGAGCAUGGCAUGCAGGGGACAUCAAAAACCGAGUAAAACAGGAUUUGGAAGAAAAACAGAAACAAACACAAGCACCGGCUCAAAAAAAUUCAGAGCAGUUACAACAGAAUAAUUAUGCAACAUUAAGUCAGAUGGAACUCAGAAUUCAAGAUCUGGAAUCUGAGCUGUCUAAAAUGAAAAGUCAAAAUUAUAGUGAAAUAGUGGAAGAGGAAUAUGAAGAAUUCUAUCUAGGAGAACCCACAAUUAUAGAAUCACUGUCGGCUGAAGUAAAGAAUCUUCACAGGAGAAAUGAGAGGUUAGAGGAACUUAAUAUCAGACUUCUGGAGGAGAAACACCAGCUCCAGACUUUACGCUGCCCUCUUUAUACAAGGCCUGUCCCAGAGCUCUCUUGUGUUAGAAAUCAUGAUAGAAGUCAGAGACUCAGAAGAAGUCUUAGUCAAAGAGAAAAUGUGGUAGUUCCCACCCGACACCCACAGCCUGCAAGGAAGAGCACAGAGGACUACCUGGCUGAGAUGGAGCAGGCAGUGGACAAAGGCUUAACUAGAGCACUAGAAGAAGUUACUACAGAAUUUGAACCUGGAUCUGCUAGAUCUUCUACACCAAAAUCCAAUAAGUCAAGCCAAGAUCUACUUUUAGAAGCACAACAAGAAUAUGCAAAGAUUUUAAAGAAAAAAUAUAUGAUCUGAAAGAUAAUAUUUUUCUUAUUGAAAUGUUGACAUAACUGUUUCCCAUUAAAUGCAUGAUAUGAAUACUUUAUUGAAGGAAAAUGUUUGUAUCAUAUAGGUAUGAUUAAUAUUCAUAAAAUAUUUGCAAUUGUAA